UAAAUUGUUGUCUGCAUGCGCAUUUAGCAUUAUUGCGAAGCUCGCGAGCAUAACAUGUAGGGCGAUUAAAUAUGGCGCGCGUUUUUGUAUUAAAAUAAAAGCCGCUUUUAAGCUCAAGACACCGAGCCGAGGGCGAAGCACGCGCGCGCUGACUACCUCUCGGCGGAAUUACAUCUAAUGCACAUGCAUCGCAUAUAUAAGAGUCGCGGGAAAAUCGAUGAGCCUUAUACAUGUAAUAUUAUGUAUGUAUAUGCACACGUCCGAGUUGCAGGCAGUAAAGCAGGCCAUUGCAAGUAGUAGCGCAAUAUAUAGUUAUACGAGCGCAAUGUAUAAAUGGAUCGCGUUGCUGCUUAUCCGUGGCACGAGAUCGCUCGCUCUGGCAUUAAUAUAAUACCACUGCUGCACUGUAAGUGCAGUCGUCGCGCGCUCGAAUCGUAUACGCUCGAUUUUCGGAGUCGUCGUCGUCGUCGACUGCCGAGCAAUCGCGUACUUAUACAUAGCACGCGCCGCGCGUCAUAACGUAAUAUACACAAAAAACUGUUGCAGCAGCAGAAGACGGACGGACGGACGGACGGCGCGCGCUCAAAGAUCAACACGCGCUUGUGUGUAUAUUAUUGAGACAGCAGCAGUCGGAGGCGUUUGUGUGUGUGUGCGAAUGUAUAACAGAGCAGUCGACACCUACACAGGCGCAAACAGUGACUGAUCCGUGUGUACAGAAUCGCGUUGCUGCUUCGGCUAUACCUACAUAUAUCGUACGCAGUUCCAAUUUGCUGCUGCUGCCACUAGCAGUCAGGCACGUAUCGUACGCGUUCAGCCAUCUUGCCGAGCACAGCCGAGCGUGUUGCCCUAUCAGCUUGAAGCGGCCGUGCGAUAUACUUGAAAAAAGUCCCACAUGACCUCGGCGCAGAGUCCCGUGACCAACUCACGUGAGAAACGUCCCCGAAAUUCAAAUGCUCAGCUUCAGCCGCAAAAUCUCGAGGAAGACGAGCUAAUCAUAACAGCCGAUCAUCCAUCGAUCAUGGAUAUGCUCGAGCAGCAUCUCGAGAGCCCGGAGUCCAGUAGUAAUGGACCAAUCAUUAAAUCUGACAAUUCCAUUGUCAUAGAAGAAGCAGAAAUAGUUGACUGUGAUGGAGAUGCAGUCGUAGAUGAUGAUUGUCAGUAUGAACAAUCUAUGACUUACAGAGUGGUUCAAGUCAAUGGAGGAGCUUCUCAAGACAUUGAUCUUCCUGUAACUCAAGCGCCACUCCAAGUCUUAACAACUCCUAUCAAUGGUCAGUUCUAUGUCAUUGGGAAUGCCAAUGAUGUAUAUACAACUGCCCAAACAUCUAGGUCCGUAUUAGCUCCAAGAGCGGCAGCAACAUUGCAAAUUGAACAACCUCCUACGUCUCUAAAAAAAACGAAGAGGGAUGAUAAGAGGCGAGCAACACACAACAUGGUAGAGCGCAGACGAAGAGACAAAAUUAAUAAUUGGAUUUCCGAACUUGGGAAAAUAAUUCCUGAAUGUAGCUCAUCAAAUGGCAGUGGAAGUGGUGGUGAAGGUUCUGGUAAAGCCAAUUAUGAAACACAAAGUAAAGGUGGUAUUUUAGCCAAAGCAUGUGAAUAUAUAACAGAAUUAAAAACAUCACAGCAAGAAAUGGUCAAAUGUUCGCAUGAAAAUGAAAAAUUACGCCAGGAAGUUAUUGCUUUGAAACAAUUAGUUACUCAACUGAGGCGUGAAAAUUUAAGCUUGAAGUCACAAUUACCUAUAUCUCAUGGAAGUCCAGAUAGUAUACUUCCUUAGAAAUAAAAUUUAUAUUAAUUUAGAAACAUUACUAGUUUGUAAAUCAGCUUUUAAGGAAAACUGCUUAUGAAUUAUUGUAAAAAUUAUAUACUUUACCCUAAGAAGUGUUAGUGCCAUAUUGUGUUCAUUUUAAAUCUAAAUGAAUGUGCUGCUUGAAAUCAAGAAGAUGAUAAGUCUUUUAGGUUUCUGUGAUAUACCACAUGUUAAUACUGUAAAGACUUUAAGUUUACUCACAAUGUGGUAAAAUUAUAAAUUUAAAGCAACAAGAUUGUAUAGUGCCUAUUUUUCUCUCUUGUAUUAAGCAGUUUUCUUGAUGAGCACCAAACUGUGUGUUUAAAAGUUUAAUGAAUAUUUAGGAUUAAAUGCAGUUAAUUGCAUUGUCACACAAACAAUAAUAUUUUUAGAUGAAGAUGCCUUGAAAAGUGUAAAAAUAAUUUUUCCAUCAAAAUCAUGUUUGUAAAUAGGAGAAUUUUUGAAUAUUUUUGAUCAUUGUGUAUAAUAUAUUUAUUAUAAUUUUUAAUUAUUUAAAAAUAUUAAAAAUUUUGUGGUAAUUAAAAUUUUUUUUAUAUUAAUAUUUUUUUAUUACUAGUAGAAACCACAUUUUAAAUCCUAUUUGAUUUUUAAUUCUAAAUAAUUUGGCAAGACGUUUGUUACAACAAAGAUGGUAAUUACAAAAAUCUUGUUCGUAAAAUAGAGCCUAAUUGUAAAAAAAGUGUUGUUCUAAAUGAAUGUGAAAGUAUCUUGUUGUGCUGUAUAUUUAUGCCUACAUAUUUGAAUGUGUAUAUAUGCACAUAUCGGUGUCAUGUGAAAUUGCAGUUUGAUUGACACCCUUGUUUCAUUUUUAUGAAAAUUCUGUUAUAAGUUUGUACCAACAUAUAAUUGAACUCUCAAUGUAUUCAUAAUUAUGAUUACAAAAGUUUAGGAGCUCUGUAUUUUUAUUGUUGAAAUUGUUCGUGAAAGCUUUUGCAUUGAGUUUAAUAUGAGUUGAUAAAUAUGGUAUAUUACGUGAAUGCAAUACUACUUGACCCAUUAAGUUUAAGGUGAAGAAAUCUUAUCAAAAAUACCAAACAAUUAUAAAAUAAUUUUCUUGAUGUGAAUGAACCGUUAUGAAAAAAAUUAACUCACCUUAUAUGACCUCAAUUUAUGACUGUAUAAUAUCGUUAAUGUAAAUAUAUCGCGUGGUUAUUGUUAUAUUACUAUUAAAAGAAAU